UCAGUCUAUGUAUAUUAUAUAUGUUGUUUUAACUGAUAUCAUUGACAUCUCAGAAUUCUACAGUGAUAAAAUUUUACUGCAUUUUGUGUCUUUUACUCGACAGAUGACUUUAUGUCCCGAAUCCAGUCACUCUGUGCAUUCUCAACAAGCAUAUGACGAAGAACACAGAAAAAGCGGAUGACAUCACAGUAGCAUGAGAGCGAUUCGAAAGCAGACUCCUUACGAUUUCUCAAAUCACUCUCGUGGUACUUUGAUGUCACCUUCUUGCCGGUUUUUGGGGUGCCGCAUGAACUCAAAUAAACCUAACGUCUGGGAUAUAUUUUGGAUAAGCGCCUGUCUACAAACAACACAACUAUACCCCCCACCAUUACAAAAAUAAAACUCAUCAGAUUUAGGCGAUUAAGACGAGUCAUCCCACCAAGGUCAGAAAAUACGAAAAAACCUUAAUUAGCUGCUUCAGGUGUGUUUGAUUAGGGUUGAAGCUAAACUCUGCAGAGACACCGGCUCUCCAGCAGCAGGAUUGGUGACCACUGCUGAAACACCUUCAAGUAUGCAUGUACAUUAAAAAAGUAUUCACUUUAAUUCCUUGCAUUCAACUUCAAUUUACAUUUUUAUAAUGUACAAUAAAAAGUUUUUUUUACAUUUUAGGAAAUAUUUAAUUAGAAAUAUGAACAUCUGCAUCAAUUAAGUUUUUGUCUUUUCGCAUUUUUAAAGGCCACAUCUGUACCACUGGGGUACCACCAAUGAUAACACCAGAUAACAUGAGUAUAGUUUUCAAAAGAAAGGAGCAUUAAUAAAUUACAAAAUGGGACAACGAUCUUUGAACAUAUCUAUAAACGGAGCUAAACAUAGUAAAUGUAUGUUUGUUCAGACUGUGAGUAAAAUCACUGAAAUUCUGCCACCCCAAAUGCCCAACAUUUCCAUAAAAAAAAUGUAAAAGCCCAUUUAUUUCUGCAUUAAAGGCCUCAUACAACAACAGGUAACCGGUGAACAAAUGUUUUAGUUCUACUUUUGGGACCUUCAGGGUUUAUAUUUCGCACUAAAUUUAACUAGAAAGCAUCUCCUGUUUACUUUGAAUCGGUUGAUUUGCCAAGGAAAGGUGUAUGGUAACUUUAAAUAUUUGCAUUCACAAAGACUGAUCCUGAUCUUCUGAUUGGUAAAAGAUUUUCUGUUUUGUUUUGUUUUGUUUGUUUUUUGGUUCCUAUAUAACAAAACAUUUGGGAGUGUGUGGUGACAUUGUUAACUUUUGCUCAAAAAGGUUGUAUCAUGUAGAUUUUGUGUAGAGAAAUGAAGGCAACUGUUUCUGUAUAUCUGUUUCUGUGCCUCUGUGGACUGAGCUCCAGUUUCUAUAGAAGACACUUUUAUGUGACGCAGCGAAUGCACUGGAAUGAUGCACAGACGUACUGCAGAGAGCAUUAUGAUGACUUGUCCACUACUACCACACAAGAGGCAGUGGAGCUCUCCAGUAACCCCAAGGUUUCUAGUUGGGUUUGGGUUGGAGCAUACCAAAAUCCUUUAAACUCAUCUGAAUGGAUUUGGUCUGGAGGUGAGAAACAACCAGUUGAACAGUGGAACCCUGGAGAACCAAACCUUUUGGAUCAUGAGAAAUGCACUAUUAUAGUAAAAGGGGUUUCUGGACUGACCAAUGUUCCUUGCAAUUGGACUCAAUCAUUUUAUUGUAUGGACUACUAUGAAACGAUGGUGGUACAGGAGAGUAAGACAUGGGAAGAGGCUCUGGACCACUGCAGACAAAACUACAUUGAUCUUGUUAGUAUCGCCUCUGAGAGGAAUAUGGCAGAGGUGAUAAAAAACAUCACAACAUCACAGACAGCUUAUGUAUGGACUGGACUACGAUUUUUAGCUGGUGAUUGGUUUUGGGUCAGUGGUGAUGAUAUUGGAUAUGAAGCCUGGUCUGUGGAGGGGGAGCUCCAGUGCCCUCCCAAAAAUCUCAGGUGUGGAGCUUUGGAUAUAAAAAAUAAGGUUUGGCAACCUACAGACUGUGAGGAAAGAUUAAACUUUGUCUGUAUUAAGAAUUAA